AUGAGUGACCACAGUGACCACAUGAGUGACCACAUGAGUGACCACAUGAGUGACCACAUGAGUGACCACAGUGACCACCUGAGUGACCACCAGAGUGACCACCUGAGUGACCACAUGAGUGACCACCAGAGUGACCACAUGAGUGACCACCUGAGUGACCAGAUGACCGCCGGAGUGACCACAACAGUGACCACAAGUGACCACAGUGACCACUGGAGUGACCACCUGAGUGACCACCUGAGUGAUCACUGGAGCUACCAGAGUGACCAGAGUGACCAGCAGGGUGGCCAUGGUGGCCAGCAGGGUGGCCAGCAGGAUGACCACCAAAGUGACCAGCAGAGUGACCACCACGAUAAGCAUCAGGGUGACCAGCAGAGUGCCCAGCAGAAUGACCAGCAGAGUGACCACCAGGGUGACCAGCAGGAUGGUCAGCAGAGUGACCACCAGAAUGACCAGCAGAAUGACCACCAGUUUGCCCAGCAGAAUGACCAUCUGAAUGACCACCACACUGACCAGCAGAGUGACCACGGGAGUGCCCAGCAGAAUGACCAGCAGAAUGACCACCAGAGUGACCACCAGAGUGACCACCAGGCUGACCACCAGAGAGACCAGCUGAGUGACCACCAGGCUGCCCACCACACUGACCACCAGAAUGACCAUCAGAAUGACCAUCAGAAUGACCACCAGGCUGUCCAACAGAGUGACCAGCAGGGUGACCAUGAGAAUGACCACCAGAAUGACCAUCAGAAUGACCAGCAGGUUGACCACCAGGCGGACCAGCAGAAUGACCAUCAGAAUGCCCACCUGAAUAACCAUCAGAAUGACCACCAGAAUGACCACCACACUGACCACCAGGCUGCCCAGCAGGGUGCCCACCAGAAUGACCACCAGAAUAACCAUCAGAAUGACCAUCAGAAUGAUCAGCAGGAUGACCACCAGAGUGACCAGCAGAGUGACCAGCCGAAUGACCACCAGGCUGACCAUCAGAAUGACCUCCAGAAUGCCCACCAGGCUGACCACCUGAAUGACCACCAAAGUGACCAGCAGGGCACCCAGCAGAAUGACCACCAGGCUGACCAUCAGAAUGCCCACCAGGCUGCCCAGCGGAAUGCCCAGCAGAGUGACCAUCAGGAUGACCACCAGGCUGACCACCAGAGUGCCCACCUGAGUGACCAGCAGGGUGGUCAGCAGAAUGACCAUCAGAAUGACCACCAGGGUGCCCAGCAGAAUGACCACCAGAAUAACCACCAGGCUGCCCAGCAGAGUGCCCAGCAGAAUGACCAACAGAAUGACCAUCUGAAUGACCACCAGAGUGCCCACCAGAAUGACCACCAGAGUGACCAGCAGGGUGCCCAGCAGGGCACCCACCACAUUGACCAGCAGAAUGACCACCAGAAUAACCAUCAGAAUGCCCACCAGGCUGACCAGCAGGGUGGUCAGCAGAGUGACCAUCAGAGUGACCACCAGGGUGGUCAGCAGAGUGACCACCUGAGUGACCAUCAGAGUGCCCACCGCUGGUGGUACGGGUGGUGCCCGCUGGUGGACGAGUGCGCCCUGGGCCUGGCGCGGUGCCACCCGCGGGCGCGGUGCCACGACAGCCCCGGCGGGUUCCAGUGCCGCUGCCCGCGCGGCUUCCGCGGCGACGGCGUGGCCGCCUGCGAGCCCACGUGUUUGUCCGACUGCGGCCACGGCUUCUGCUCGGGGCCCCCCAACUUCACCUGCGUUUGUCACCUGGGCUGGACCAGCCCCAAACCCCAAAAUUCCCAAAAUUCCUCCCAGAAUUCCCAAAAUUCCAGCGCGGAGCUGCCCCAGUGCUCCGUGGACUGCGGCUGCAACUUCCACAGUUCCUGCGAGAGGGACGGCCCCGGCCACUGCGACCGCUGCCAGAACUGGACGGAGGGCCCGCGCUGCCAGCGCUGCCGCCCGGGCAGUUUCGGCCCCGGGGGGCUCGGGGGGUGCCGCCCCUGCAGCUGCCACGGCCACGGGGACCCCGAGCGCGGCUUUUGUCACCGGAGCACCGGGGAGUGUCACUGCCGCGCCCCGACCGCCGGGCCCCGCUGCGAGCGCUGCGCACACGGGCACUACGGAGACCCCAGGAACGGGGGUCGCUGCCUGCAGCGCUGCCUCGGGCGCCGCCUGCUGGACGUGCGCGCCGCGGGGGGGGCGGGGCUGGAUUUGGGCUCGCGGGGGGCGGGGCCGGGCGAGCCGCCCCUCCCCCACUGCCUCUGGCUGCUCUCGGUGACGGGGGGACCCCGAACCUGCCCCAAAAUCGGCCCGGGGUGCCCCAAAAUCGGCCUCAGCCUCAGCCCCGACACCGACCUGCCCUGCCAGGACAGUUUCGUGUACGUGUUCGACGGGCUCCCGGCGCUGCUGGACGGGGGAGGGGUGCAGGGGGACCCCGCCCUGAUCGGGGCCCUGUGCGGAGGGGGGACCCCCCACAGCCUCAGCCUGGAGGCCAAGUCAGGGCUUUUGGCGAUUUAUUACGAAUCCAACGGCUCCGAAAUUUGGGGGUUCCGGGCGCGGGCGGAGCUCCGGCCCUGCCCCCCCCCACUGCCCCUCCCCCCCCCAGUGCCCGGGGGGCUGCGGGGGAGGGGUCUGUGA